AUGUUCCAACGCCCCUCGUCUCAGCUCUCGAGGCCGCGAACACGCGAACGUGCCGUUACUCAGCGUCGACUCCAUUUGACAGGUAGGCUCAAGGUAGGCUCUCUCUCAAGGCUCUUCAGUAAAUGCACGCUUUCAAUGCACAUUAAAUCAACGUGCAUGAACUUCCUCCUGUGGAGUGGACUAGCCGUGAAAAAGCGACGUCCCGGUAUCAGUGGCUUGCUUGCAGUUCAAGCUUACCGCGUGUCUUUGCUACACCUGUGA